AUGGGUAUUCUUGAUAUUGUUCCUGCUGGUGUUGUCUCGGGUAAGGACGUCUACAAGGUGUUCGACUACGCUCGUGAGCACUCGUUCGCUAUCCCCGCUUUCAACGUCACUUCGUCUUCGACUGCCAACGCCGCCAUGGAGGCUGCCCGUGACGCCAAGUCGCCUGUUAUCCUGCAGGUGUCGAACGGUGGUGCUGCCUACUUCGCUGGUAAGGGUCUGUCGAACGACAACCAGGCUGCCUCUGUGGCUGGCUCGAUUGCUGCUGCCCACUUCGUCCGCUCGGUGGCCAAGGACUACGGUGUACCUGUGAUCCUGCACUCGGACCACUGCGCCAAGAAGCUGCUCCCGUGGUUCGACGGCAUGCUUGCCGCCGAUGAGGACUACUUCCAGAAGACUGGUGAGCCUCUCUUCAGCUCCCACAUGCUUGACCUGUCGGAAGAGAGCAAGGAGGAGAACAUUUCGAUUUGCGUUGAGUACCUGAAGCGCAUGGCCAAGAUCGGCUGCUGGCUCGAGAUGGAGAUUGGUAUUACCGGUGGUGAGGAGGACGGUGUGAACAACGAGCACGUUCACAACUCUGCUCUCUACACCCAGCCAGAGGACAUUUGGGACAUCUACAGGGCCUUCAGCGAAAUCACCCCCAACUUCAGCAUUGCCGCUGCCUUCGGUAACGUGCACGGUGUGUACAAGCCAGGUAACGUCACCCUGCAGCCCGGUCUGCUUAAGGAGCACCAGGACUUUGUCCGUGAGAAGCUGAAGACUGACAAGGCCAAGCCUGUGUUCCUUGUCUUCCACGGUGGCUCGGGUUCGGAGAAGCACGAGAUCUACACUGCUGUGGAGAACGGUGUGGUGAAGAUGAAUGUCGACACCGACACGCAGUUCGCUUACCUCGAGGGUAUCCGUGACUUUAUCCUCAACAAGAAGGGUUACCUGAUGACCCAGGUCGGCAACCCGGAGGGUGAGGACAAGCCCAACAAGAAGUUCUACGACCCGCGUGUGUGGGUUCGUGAGGGUGAGAAGACCAUGAGCAAGCGCUGCAAGAUUGCCUUUGAUGACCUCAAGUCCUCGGGUACCCUUUAA